AUGGACAGCUCCCUGCACGCCACGCUCGGCCUUGUGCUCGGCUGCUGCCUGUGGGGCGCAUGGGGCCAAACCAAGAUCCACGUUAGCAAUGGGGGGAUAUGGGGCACGUGGGGCGAGGAACAGUCCUGCCCCGGCAACAGCUUCACCGUUGGGUUCUCCCUGAAGGUGGAGCUGCCCCAGCUCGCCGGGGACGACACGGCGCUGAACGGGAUCCGGCUGCUCUGCUCUGACGGCAGCACCAUCCAGUCCAAUGUGGGGCCGUGGGGCUCGUGGGGUCUAGUGAAGAAAUGCCCCUCGGGGCAGCGGCUGACCCAGUUCCGGCUGCGGGUGGAGCCCUGCCGGGGCCUCAAGGACGACACGGCCGCCAACAACAUCGAGUUUGUCUGCACGGGCGGGGCGGAGCUGAGGGGGGACGGGCGGUGCUGGGGCAAGUGGGGCCCCCAGAGCCGCUCCUGCGGCCCGCGGGGCAUCUGCACCAUCGCCACCAAGGUGGAGGCCCCCCAGGGCAAAGGGGAUGACACGGCCCUGAACGACGUCUACUUCAGAUGCUGCAGGCCUGAAACCCUGACCCCCACCUCAAUGCAGCCCCCCACCUCCACAACCCAGACCCCCACCUCAACCCAGCCCCCCAUCACCUCAACGCAGCCCCCCACCUCCACAACCCAGGCCCCCACCUCAACCGAGCCCCCCACCUCCACAACCCAGCCCCCCAUCACCUCAACCCAGCCCUCCACUUCAACCGAGCCCCCCAUCACCUCAACCGAGCCCCCCAUCACCUCAACCCAGCCCUCCACCUCAACCGAGCCCCCCAUCACCUCAACGCAGCCCCCCAUCACCUCAACGCAGCCCCCCACCUCCACAACCCAGGCCCCCACCUCAACCGAGCCCCCCAUGUCAACCGAGCCCCCCAUCACCUCAACGUAG